GAAUGCCCUUGGAGGCGCCCCUCGACGCCGCAUCUUCUUCAGGCCGAGGCUUCCACGCCGCGAGCCCCGUGCAUCCCCACGGUGUUCGGAGGAAGAGGAGGUGGUCGGCGGCCGCCGGGGAGGAGCCCAGGAGAUGAGGGCCGCGCGGGGGGUGGCGCGCGUGCGACGGGAUGUGCUCGCCGCGCGCAUGACGUGCCCGCUAUGCCAGGGACUCCUCAGGGAGGCCACCGCCAUAACCCACUGCCUCCACACAUUUUGCCGGGAGUGCAUUAUGGAGAAAAUAAAUGACGAUGAAGUUGAAUGCUGCCCAGUAUGCAACAUUGAUCUUGGCUGCGAUCCUGAAGAGAAACUCAGACCUGACCACAACCUUCAAGAUAUCAGGAAUAAGCUAUUUCCAAUUAAGAAGAAAAAAGUUGAUUCUCUGAAGGCUCCAACAACAUUGCCAGCAAAGAGAAAACAGAGGUCCCUUUCUUCCUUGGUGGUUGACACUCCAAGCGUAGAGAAGUGGACUGGUUUGACUGGAAAGAGAACCAAAGCUAAAAGAAGGGCAGCAGCUUCUCGUGCAACUUCUUCCAGUAAUAAUGGAACCAUGAAGUUACCAGCUAAAUCUGAAGGUCGAGAUCUGAAGACUGAGAAAACCUCAGCACUGCAAUCUACCAAGGUGGCAAAAACAGCAAAGAAAAAUGAAAGUCGAGAUCAGAAGAUUGAGAAAGCUUCAGCACAACAAUCGACCAAGGCGGCAAUAGCUGCAAACAAAAAGCAGCGAAGUACAGAUGUAGAAGUCUCAAGUAAGCCAUAUUCUGAAGAUAAAAAGAAUGCCAAGAAAGCUGACAAGGUGGUUCAUGCUGCAAGGAAGGCAAAAGCACCUAGAUCAACUCCCAAAAUCCAUGCUGCCACUGAAGAGCAAAUAAAGAAGAAAGGGAGUGAACUCCCUAUAAGGAAAGAGGAGACAGAAAAUGAAGUGAAUAUUCCUGGAACAACGGUGGCGAAACGUUCAAAUGAGCUGAGUCAUAGAGAGGGGGCAGAAAACGAAGUGAAUAUUCCUGGGACAACGGUGGAAAAUAAUGGCACUUCCUCAGAACCUGCACCGUCGACAGAUCAAGCAACAACAGAGGAUAAUUCGAACCAAGGAUUGUCUGGUUCUGCAAGCACUUUGCAUGAUCCAAUAACCACUCCCGUCUGGUUCUCAUUAGUUUCUUCUCCUAACCAGAAAGGAGAUCUACAGCUGCCUGAGUUAUCAAAGAGUUACUUGAGAAUUAAAGAUGGCAGUUUGCAGAUUUCCUUUGUACAGAGGUACGUUGCGAAGAAACUGGAUAUAGGUGAUGAAAAUGAGGUGGAGAUCUUAUGCCACGGCAAGCCGGUCUGCCCCUCGAGCACGCUGCACGGGCUGGUGGACCUUUGGCCGCGGAGAGAGCCGGAGGAGCCCUUCCCGGCGUCGCUGGGCGCGCCGGCCAAGGAGUACGUCAUGGUGCUGUGCUACCGCCGCCGCCACCGCCCUUUGACGCCGGCAUCGUCGCCGCGCCACCAGACGACGAGCCCCGGUGAAGCUGAAGCCUCCUGCAACGGCGACGGCACCACCGCGGAGCCCGGCUGAAACUGCCGCGCUCUGUCCGUCGCUCCUGUCCAUCGUCAGAUCCUCCCAGUCAUAAGCCUAGGAUUAAAAGAAGAAGAAGAAAGAAAUUACCCCUAGAGUUUUUUUUCUCGUUUCUUAGACCUUGUAAAGAGGGAGAAGAGAGAAGUUAGUUUGUCAGCAGUCUGUGGUAGAGUUUUUUUUUUUCUCGUUUCUUAGACCUUGUAAAGAUGGAGUAAGCACCUUAAACAGUGAAUCCUGUUUACUUUUUUAGAACAUUUCUGACGAAAAACAAAAAAAAGUUAGGGUGA